CUUUAUUUCCUUGCUGGUCAUGCUGACAUAUCGAUACCGCGACUUGAUCAUUCCCCAUGUGCCAGAAGGCGUACGGUCCUUGUUUCCCAGGUUGAGCAACUAUACGCCACUCUCGACGUUCUCAGAACAAUUGAGUGCCGGCAUCUCGUCAAAUACCUUUGAUAUUGAGGCCAACAUUCGCGGUGGAGACUCCAGGUCGGGUCUGGAUGACCAAGGGACACAAGAGGUUUUGGAGAUCAUGCGCCGCGAGCGGGUCAAUUUUGACCAAGCGAGGCUGAUUCGCCAUAAUCGCAUCCUGGCUCGCAAUGGUAUUGACCCCUCUGGCAUGCCCCUCGACUCCAAGGCCGUUACACGCCUAUAGCGAUAACACUUGGUUAUUGGCCGCAUGGACUACAUUUGCUUUUUCUUACUUUUGGCUCCUUCGUUGGAUCCACGACCGCUCCUUCUGCUUGUUGUAUGCUUUCCCUUGCUAUAAUCAUUCCUUGGAACCUGGAUGUACUUCACUCUAUCUCUUGGAUCUGCUGUAAUUCCAGCUACUGCUGCCACCCACACUUUUGUUGCUUGUACCCUUACCAGCACUCAUCGCCUAACUAAUCUAAUGUUCAACAUAUUUAUAGAAUCUUCACUAUCUCCGUCGAUUCUAA